AAGAACCUUAAAAAGACUGUGAAGAAAUACAACGUUAAACAAACAAGAAACCUCUAUUAAAAAAUGCAAAGUGCUCAGAAAUCAAAAACUAAUGGCGAUACUUCUCUAUUCCUUAUGAAGGACAUACCACAAUAUUGGUCUCCAGCUCUAAAAAUUGGAUCAGGAGCAUUCGGUGAAGUAAUGUUGGUGCAUUCUGAUCGGUUGGACGCACGAGGAGAGCAAAUACUGCAUAAUGAAUUUGCUUUGAAAGUUAUACGGUUUCCAGAGUGUGAUUAUCACAAAAUUAUCAGAGAAGUUAACACGCAUACUUUGUGUCGGCAUCAUGAUAAUGUGCUCUUUAUUGGUUCAAUCUAUUGUCAGACGUUUCAACAAGGGCUCAGAGUUCAGAUGUGUCUAGAGUAUGCUGCAUUGAGCGACUUAUCACUUCUCGCCUCAUCAGAAACAUUCGAGAGUCAUGUUGCCUAUAUUUGUAAAAAUUUGAUAUCAGCGCUUAUACAUAUUCACAAUUUGGGAAUUGUUCAUGGAGACUUGAGUGUUAAAAAUAUAUUAAUGACUCACGAAGGUGUUGUGAAACUUUCUGAUUUCGGAAUGGCUAAUACAUUUGAGCAAACGAGAAAAUCAAAAAAUCAAUCAAUUUUAGGAACUCCAGGGUUUAUAGCUCCAGAAAUCAUCAAUUUGCAAGGUUACGACGGAAAAGCAGAUCUAUGGGGUCUAGGUAUUCUGUCACUUUUUCUUCUCAAGGGAGAGAAUCCGUUCAAAAAAUGUACUCAGUUUGAUCUAGAAUCGUAUAAAGUCUCAAUAUCCGAGAGUUUCUACCCAGACUACAGCAAUUACUCAACCCCGCUUCAGGAAUUUAUGUCAUCUUUGAAAGAUUACAACCCAGAAUUUCGGUCAUCAGCGCUUCACGCCUCAUCACAAACAUAUCUUAAGACCAGUUGCUCACAAAGUGAAAUUUUGAAUUAUUAUAAACGGCUGAGAAGAACACGUGGGAUGGAUCUGCCGUGGCCAGAAGAAAUUCAUACUUUUUCUGUUCCAGUAAGCUUGGAAUAAUUUUAAUUGGAGUUUGGUAAAUCUAAUUUUUUAAAUGGUAUUUUCUCAUUGGCCUGUGUUCAAUUUUCAUUUUUUUUUUUUCAAGAUUAUGUAAUUUUCACAAAUGACAACUAUCAUACGGUUUGAUUUGAGCUUCAACACGCUUGAUUAUAUUUUAGUUUUCUCCCAGCUUCAUAUUAAAUAUGUAUCUUUAAAACGGUUUCUAUAACAUAUUUUAUCAGCACAUAACUUCAAUUUCACAAUUCAAACAAUAAUAAACCCGAUAAUAAACCAUUUCGAUCUG